CAUCUACCUAAACUUCCUGAAAUCCAACAACAAAAGCUUACUAUUCCAGAAUUCGAUGAAAUAGAAGUCAAAGCAACUGACUCAGUUGAAAUUAAGAAGUUCAUACGUAAGGUUAACUAUGAGUUUCUUGGAUUUCAUUGCAACCACAAAGUCAUUGACAUAUAUAAAUCUGAAGAAUUUAAGACCUACGACAACUUUGUUUCGUUAGUUGCAAAAUGUGUAUGGCAGAUAAGAGAUAAAGAUAGAAGAGGUAAAGUAUGGAACGGACAAAUAAAACCAGCAGCCUUUGAGUUAAAGAAAACCAUUUACGCCUUAGUUGUUUUAGCAGGACAAAUUUCAAUGUACAAUGCUAAAAUGAACCCACAAUGUUCAAAAUGUAAAGCAGCAAUGAGGAAAUAUAACUACUCCGUCAAAGAGAUAGAACGUAUGCGAAACGACUAUGCUGACUUAAAGAAAGAAGUAGAGAAACUAGCAGAAGAUAAAAUGGACAUGUUGACAUUUCUGAACAAAAACUAUCCAACUGCUGACGAUUUCCUUCUAUCUGACGUCAAGAAGAAAUAUAAAGAAACAUUCGGCAUUGUUAAAACUUUUGACAUACUGACAGAAGAAAUAGAAGCUACAAAAAUGUUUAGGAUUUCACGAAUUCACAAUGUUUACCAUGUAAAACGCUUGUGA